AUGCUUGUCUUGCACUGCGUCGGCGUCGGCUCGUUCGACACGUCUUGCCUGCGCCGGCUCGCAGUGGCGGGCGGGGGCAGCUUCCACCAUGGCUGUGACGCAGGCAUUGCGGAUCACCUGCAGGGCAUCUUCUGCCGCCUGUCAGCCUCUGUUUCCGCACUGCGAGGCACGCUGUUGGAGUUGGGGGACGAGGCAUUGAAGCCUCUCCCGGCGAAGCUACUGGAGGCACCAGAGGCCUGGAAGACAGCCUCGCAGAAAGAGCUCGACGACAUCUCGCAGCCUUGCUGGUCCUGGCCAUGUGUGGAGACGCCCGGGUCGUCGUCUGGAAGUCUCGUGCCGCAGGGCGACGGCAAGCGCAUGUUCCUGCACAGGCAGCCCUUCGCGCAGGGGGCCCUGCGGUACGCGUUCCACUUUCGAAGCGUCCAGGGCUGCCCGGCAGAGCCAGGCGGUAAAGUGGUGCAUUUGGUGGUGAAGGAGAGCAAGUAUGCGACGGGCCACCGCUCCCCUGAGGACGUGCGCAAGUUCUUCCUGCAGAACCACCGCCGUGCCGAGGAGCUCGCCAGGGAAUUCAACCAGGCCGUCAGGAGCAUGAAAGAGAGAGAUAAGGACGAGAGCGCCAUCCGCGAAAUCCAGUUUGUGAAAGCCCAUGUCAUGCAGAUCAGCGACCCGGCCGAGGAUAGUGCAUUCCGCUACGUGACCGCCGAGAAGUAUAUACCAGGUCCGUACAUGAAGUUCAAUGGCAACGACGGGUUUGUCAAUCGUGUGUCUGGUGGGGAGGCUGGCCAGAUAGCCGCAGCGUUCAGCCACUUCACCUUCGACCACACGGGCGGCAAGGAACUGUGCGUCGACAUCCAAGGAGUCGGCACCAGAUGGACAGACCCACAGAUCAACAGCCGUGCGAGGAAAUUCGGCGUCGCGGAUCUCGGAGAGGCGGGCAUGCGGCGCUUCUUCCAGAGCCAUUCGUGCGGGCGGAUGUGCUGGUCGCUGCAGCUGCGCACCGUGUCGCCACAGAGCCUGCAGUUUGGCGAGGUGGUGCGCCCGCCGCAGCCUUGCGUGGUGUGCCUGAGCGCCCCGCGGACGCAGGUGUGCCUGCCAUGCAGGCACCUCUGCCUGUGCGACGAGUGCGCGCCCGCCUCUCUCUGGCCGGCCAAGUGCCCCAUCUGCCGGCGAGGCGUCGAGGGGCUCGUGCCCCUGGGAGCGGAGGCGCCCGGCGGCCCCACCUUCCUGCGCGAGUCGCAGCUGGCCCGCAUGAUGGCCUGA